CAUGGGGCAGGCUGCCUUGGUGAGGACCGAAUGUGCUCGCCGAGGGCCCAACCUCUGCACGGCCAAACCGCCUUGGUGAUGGCCAAAUCUCCUUGUCCAGGGCCGAACCUCGGCAGUGCCCAACUGCCUUGUGCAGGACCGAACCUCCGCCAGGCCCACCACCAUGGUGAUGGCCAAAUCUCCUUGUCCAGGGCUGAACAUCGGCAGCACCAAGCGGCCUGGCCAAGGACUGAAGCUCUGCGGAGCUGAACCACUCUGGUGAGGGCUGAAUCUCCAUGUCAUUGGCCAAACCUCAUCAGGAACCAACCGUCUUGGCUCCAGUAGCCUCGCUGGGGGCCAAACCUCACCAGGGCCGUACUGCCUCGACCAUUGCUGAGUACGACCUCAAGGAUAUUUCAUACAAAGUGAAGAGCCCCAUGUGCCAUGAGCUGACAGUCCUUGGGUCCUUGGACGAACCCAUGGUGUUUAACUUUGAAGAAGAGCGGGAGGCGCAGAAGUGGUGGACAAUCGUGAGCAGCUCCCUCCGGGAGGUGCAGAAAGCCUCUGACAGCAGCAGUACGCUGGCGUCCCAGACCCCAUCCCUGCCCAUGGCUGCUGGAGGCAGCUCUGCAGCUCAGGAUCCAGAGGAAUCUUUGUUCUCGGAGCUUACUAAAAAAGAGGAUCUGGCACUCCACCUUGCCCAAGCGAUUGAGUUUGGAGACGAGGAGGUGGCCUCUCAGUGUGCCGUGGCAUUGGCUCCCCAACAAGCCCCUUUUAAAAUACCUAUGAAGGUCGUUGUGGAAGAUGCCACAUGUUCUGCAAACAUCACCAUCAGGGUCCAUGCUCACACUACAAUAGCAACGCUCAAGCAGCAGGUGUUCCGGGACUAUGGCUUCCACCCCUUGGUUCAGCGGUGGAUCAUCGGGCAGUGCCUGUGUGUGGAUGAACGGACGAUUUCCUCGUACGGCAUUCGCCGGGAUGGAGACACCGCGUUUCUGUAUCUGCUCUUGGCAAAGACGGCCGAGCUCACUGAACAGCGCUAUGAGGAGGAUCAGGCACAACUCAUGCUGAACUCCACCUCCUCGCUGACCAACAGCGCCAGCGCUGAGGAAAAACGCAAAUACAACACCCUGCCAAACAUGUCUCCGAAGAAAGCAUGGGAGAAUGACAGCAGCAGGAAGAUGGACAUUGGUGAAAUCAGUCACCACUUGGAUAUGCUGCAGAUUGGUGACCUUUUCAGUAACCAACCAAAACCUGCUCCUGCUAGCACAACUUUGCCUUCGCCAGUACAGGCGGGCUGGUCGUGUCCAAAGUGUACCUUCAUCAACAAGCCCACGCGGCCAGGCUGUGAGAUGUGUAGCACAGACCGCCCUGCUGAUUAUGUGGUCCCGGGCAGCUACAAGCCCGAUGAAAUGGAGCUCUGGAGGAUGCAACAGGAGCAGGAGGGAAUCUUGCAGUACCAGCAG